ACUGUGUACAACAACUGAGCUCACAUUGUGACAGUUCGACCAAUUUGCCCGAAUUCAUUGCAUCGGUAUUUGAAUUUUUUCUACGUAAAUUUUCCCAUUUUAACGAUAAUAUCUCGUUGGUUCUUUUUACAUUGAUUUCACAGAGACAUUUUCGUGUAAAUUACUUGAGUCGAAUUAAAAAAACCCACUUCAAAUGUACAUUUUUAAACCAGAUUGCAUCUACACUCUUCGAAAUCUCUGGACGUUUAGUCAAAUGCUGAAAAAUUCAAGUGAAAAAAGUUCGAUGCUACUUUGACACUUCGCUGUAUGUUCGCGCCAAUUUUGUUAAACUGUCGCAAACCACCAAAGUGUUAAUACGAAGUGCAGCUAGUGAAUUCGUGAAAAACACAGCCGUAAUCAGUUUAUUGGACUUUAGGAUUUAAAACAAGUUAUAUUAACAUUUUAAUUACAAGAUAAGAUUAUUUAUAAGAAAUUAAAUCGAAUAAAACCAAUACAACAAAAAUGGUUCGCUCUAAGAUGUUCGUCAUGAAGCGAGAUGGUCGCAAAGAGGAGGUCCAUUUCGAUAAAAUUACAUCGCGCAUCCAGAAACUGUGCUAUGGAUUGGACAUGGAAUAUGUUGAUCCGGUUUCGAUCACAUUGCAAGUCAUCAAUGGUCUUUAUACCGGUGUAACGACUCAAGAGCUUGAUACAUUGGCCGCCGAGACAGCAGCCACCAUGACAACUGAGCAUGCUGAUUACGCCGUUCUUGCCGCACGAAUCAGUGUAUCCAAUUUACAUAAGGAGACGAAGAAAUCGUUCUCAGAGGUCAUCGCUGAUUUAUACAACGCGGAAACGAAUGGUCGUAAGACGCCGAUGAUAAGUGACAGCAUUUACAAUGUUAUCAUGCAAAAUGCCGAGCAUUUGAACUCGGCUAUCAUUUAUGAUCGAGACUUCAACUACAAUUACUUUGGAUUCAAGACGCUAGAACGCUCUUACCUACUCAAGAUCAAUAGCAAAAUAGUUGAACGUCCACAACACAUGUUGAUGCGAACGGCUGUAGGCAUCCACGGCGCAGAUAUCGAUGGCGCAAUUGAAACGUACAACUUUCUCUCCGAGAAAUAUUUUACCCACGCAUCACCGACAUUAUUUGCAGCCGGCACACCGCGGCCACAGCUCAGCUCCUGCUUUUUGUUAGCAAUGACCGACGAUAGUAUGGAUGGCAUCUACGAAACGCUCGCACGAUGCGCAAAGAUAUCACAACACGCUGGAGGAAUUGGUUUAAAUGUACAUUGCAUUCGUGCCAAAGGAACGCCAAUCUCUGGAACUGGAGGUUAUUCGAAUGGCCUAGUUCCAAUGCUUCGCGUUUAUAAUGCAACCGCCCGGUAUGUUGAUCAAGGUGGCCGUCGUCCUGGUGCUAUCGCCAUAUACCUUGAGCCUUGGCACGCUGACAUUUUCGAGUUCAUCAAUCUUCGCAAGAACACUGGCCAUGAAGAAGAACGUUGCCGCGAUUUAUUCUUGGCUCUGUGGGUUCCGGACUUGUUCAUGAAACGGGUGGAAGCUGAUGAAAUGUGGAGUUUGAUGUGUCCACACAAAUCGCCGGAUUUGUACAAAGUAUGGGGCGACGAAUUUGAUGCACUUUACACAAAAUACGAGAGCGAAGGACGAUUUGAGCGUCAGGUGAAAGCGCGUGAUCUUUGGUUCCAGAUCGUUCAAUCGCAAAUUGAAACGGGUACACCGUACAUGCUGUACAAGGAUUCGUGCAAUCGCAAAAGUAACCAACAAAAUUUGGGCACAAUCCGAUGCAGCAAUCUCUGCACAGAAAUCGUUGAAUACACCGAUCCGGAUGAAAUUGCCGUUUGCAAUUUGGCCUCGAUUGCUGUCAAUAUGUUUGUGAAAGCAGAUAAAACGUAUGACUUUGGCAAAUUGAAGGAAAUUAGCAAAGUUGUCACAAGAAACCUGAACAAGAUCAUUGACGUCAACUUCUAUCCGUUGCCAGAGACUGAAAAGUCCAACAAGCGUCAUCGGCCAAUUGGUAUUGGCAUUCAAGGUUUAGCCGAUGCCUUCCUUUUGAUGCGUUUCCCAUACGAAAGCGAAGAAGCAGCCAAAUUGAAUCAACAGAUUUUCGAGACGAUUUACUAUGGUGCAUUGGAAGCAAGUUGCGAAUUGGCGGAAAAAUACAGGCCAUACGAAACAUACCAAGGUUCACCGGUUAGCAAAGGCAUCCUGCAAUAUGACAUGUGGGACAAGACACCAACCGAUUUAUGGGAUUGGAAUGCAUUGAAACAGAAGAUUGCCACACAUGGCGUUCGCAACUCACUGCUUUUGGCGCCAAUGCCUACGGCUUCAACAGCUCAAAUUCUAGGCAACAACGAAUCGUUUGAGCCAUACACAUCGAAUAUCUACAAUCGUCGUGUGUUGUCUGGUGAAUUUCAGGUGGUCAAUCAUCAUUUGAUCAAGGAUUUGACCGAAAUUGGGAUGUGGAACGAUGACAUGAAAAAUGAAAUCAUCGCGGACUAUGGUUCGAUCCAAAAUAUCACACGGAUUCCCCAAGAAAUUCGCGAUUUGUAUAAAACUGUUUGGGAAAUCUCGGUCAAGACAACCAUGAAUAUGGCCGCAGAUCGUGGUGCCUUCAUCGACCAGAGCCAGUCAUUCAACCUACACGUGGCCCAGCCCAAUUACGCAAAAAUGUCUUCAAUCCACUUUUAUGCAUGGAAACUUGGUUUGAAAACAGGCAUGUAUUACUUGCGCACACGACCAGCAGCUAACCCAAUCCAGUUCACUGUCGAUAAGAAACGUUUGGCUGCCUCACGUGCCUUAAACCAAACGAAUGGCAACACAUCAAUGAAGAGCGUCAAUGCAAAUUCAACGAUGAAUCAAUCGAUGGUCGAGAAUGGCUUAUUGAAUGAACAGGCCAACUUCAGUAUUGAUGAAGAAGACGACGCACAACCAACAGCCAAUUCUUCAGUUGCUGAUCUCGAACAUCAAAUGGCCGCAAUGGUUUGUUCAAUCGACAACAAAGAUGCCUGCUUGAUGUGCGGUUCUUAAGUUUAUUCAUAGCAUUUUGAUUUAUUUUUUUUGAAUAUUUUCAUUCUAAUCUCAGUUUGAUUCAAAAUCGAC